AUGUGCAGGGCACAGCAAGCUGCAUCUGAAAGGCAGUUUCACGUAGCAAUAUGCCUCAUUGGAAAGAGUCCAUUUGGACCUUCGAUCCUUGCGGAGUACAUCGGUGGCAACAGUUUCACGCAUCUCAAGAGACGCGAUAGGGCAUUAGACACGUUCCGAAACCCGACUGAUUGGAAGCAUUUGUUUGUUCGAGUCACCAAAAUGAGUUAUUCGCGUCGCUCUUCACUAAGUAACUACUCCCCUCUCGUGAAAGUUGUACUUCCGGCUUCUUCGCAUUGGAGAGCUGCCCAGGCCAACGCUCGAUUAUUACGCGGUGCUGGAUUUCCUUCAGUGUUCAUACGCAAAAGCCUUGAUUUUGAGCUGAGGCAACUUGCUCAAGAGCCUAAUAAGGGUCGUGCCACCAAUGAAUGGGUGGUUUACAAGGACCAGCUUACACAUAUAUCAAGCCUUCCCAGUACCAACUAG